UGAUGAGUUAAAGUUGUGUGGCCGGUGCAUCGGCAAGUCCAAAUGUUCUGACUGUACAACUCCACCCGCUUUUCGUACUCUCUAGAGCUUGUUAAGACAACCAAUGAAUUACAACUUGUUCGGUUUUCUAAAAAUGUACUUAAAUUUUAUGAAAAAUCGUUGUUUAUACUGACACAGUGUCUCUUGCGUCCAAAAUCGCCCGCGCAUCUUUGGUGUUUACGCAGUCCAACUGUGACGCAUAGGUCUAAGGACGGAAUUGUAUGCUUCGACAAUGGUCAACUUAAAUAACAUUGCCAAACAGAAAAUGUUCACAGACUAAAUGCGCUCUCAAUAACACUUAAGUGAUAAUCGGCACUUCUAUUUUACUAUUUUGUUCAAUUUUUACCAUUUGGCGGCUAUUCUCGAAAUAAGAGUCCCUCAGAUAUUAUGCCGCGUAGCAGACGACACCUCUCAUCCGUCCACCUGUGUUUGUAACAUGGCGGAUGGCACUUGCAGGCACGAUAGAAACUCAACAAGACAAGCCUAAAGGUAAGAAAAAAAAGAUGGGUGUAACAGGGCUAUGGUCAGUUCUGGAGCCAGUGAAGCAUCGGAUUUCACUUAAGGAUCUUCAAGGUCAGACACUUGCUGUGGAUCUGAGCAUUUGGGUAUGUGAGAACCAGAGUGUACGGCAGAUGCAACACAAAGUCAAGAAGCCACAUUUGAGAAAUCUGUUUUUUCGUGUCUGGAGCCUACUGAAGCUAGGUGUUCGACUAGUGUUUAUUAUAGAAGGGGAAGCUCCACUUCUAAAGCAACAGGAAAUGAAGAAACGCCUGCAGAACCGCAAUCCAGCAAGCCAGAAGGCUAGCAGUAGCCAUAAAUGUAGUCGAUCCUCCUUCCAAAUUCUUUUGAAAGAGUGCUGUCAGCUACUGAAUGCAUUGGGUGUGCCCUAUAUACAGAGUCAGGGAGAGGCAGAAAGACUAUGUGCAGCCUUAAGUGCUGCUGGGAUAGUUGAUGGCUGUAUCAGUGAUGACUCAGACUGCUUCCUUUAUGGAGCAAGAAAAGUCUACAAAGAUCUUUCCACUGAUGCAAGGGAUCCUCAUGUGGAGAGUUACAGCAUGACAGAUAUAGAAACACAGCUGAAUCUGACCAGGGACAAGCUUGUAGCAUUGGCCUUAGUUACUGGCUGUGACUAUUUCCCAGCAGGCAUACCUGGUGUUGGUGAAGCAUGGACAUUAAAGCUGCUGUCUUCUCUUGGUGAAAUGGACAUACUUGCACGAUUCCACAAGUGGAGAGAGAUGACUCGAGAAGAAUGCAUCAGUAAUGCAGAAGUCUUUGUCUGGCAGAGAGCCAUCAAAUUGCCAGAUUUCCCACCCAAAAAUGUGAUAGAGGAGUUUCUGGUAUUUAAAGAAAGAACCCCAUUAUCUGUACCAUGCUGGAGGAGGCCAAACAUAGAAGCCAUGAUGGCAGUAGGCAGAAAAUACCUUGACUGGCCUCUUACAUAUGUAGUUGAAAAGACUCUACCUUUAAUCACCCUUUGGGAUCUUCUGGAUUUGUCUUGCUCUUCUCACUCCUCUAGCCACCACCUCCAACCCCUCAGAAUUCUUAAGAAAAGGACAAGACAACACACUGCCUGCCUGGAAGUGGAAUGGUGCAAUGACAAAGGAGGCCUGGUGAAUGAGUCAGGGCAGCUCUUGCAGCUAGUGACUAUUGAAGAGCAAAUCCUUUUUGAGAAAGUCUUUCCUGAUAUGGUUUCUCAAUUUUUACAGCCAGCAGAAAAAUCCAAAUCCAAAAAGAAACAUGGAACACAAAAAAUGAAGGAAGAGCUGAAACAAACAGAGUCACUGAUGACAUUUUUUAAAAACCUCGCCAUUUGCAGUGAUGAAUCUGGGGUUUCAACAGAGAGUCUAGAACACCAGACUUCACCACAGAGCAAAGCAGAGAAAGAGGAAGCAGAAACCGCUCCCCUUUCUCAAAGGCUAAUGAGCAAGUUAAGCAAAACUGACUCUAGUGUCCAGUCUCAUACUGCCUCUCCAGCUGCCAGCUUGCCACAACUUGAUGCAUUAUGUGCAGAUAGAUGCUCAUAUAUGAGUGAUGGCCAGUUUGACCUCCAGUUUUCAUUUACUUUAACCGACUGUUCCCUAGUAGCUCCCAACCAUCUCAACCUCACCACUCAAUCUUCAAGUCUUUUUGACUCACCAAUUCCUGAAAAAAAUCAAGCUGUAGAUUUAGACAGCUCUCAUAUUUCAAUUUUUUCUUCUGAAGAGUCAGUUUGGGAAAAAGAGGUUAUAAGUACAUGUUCACAAAAAUCUGCAACUCAGCAUGUAUUUUACCCAGCAUCAGCAAAUGACAGCUUUUGUAAACGACAGGAAAAGUUAUCUGGAUUCGACAGCCCAAAGCAUGAGUUUCCCCCUUGUAAGCCUAUUCAUAUACUCCAUAGUGAUGAUUUAUGUGUUAGUGCUUCUGCAACAAACAAUAGUACAACAAGUAUGCCUAACUCACUUGGCAAAGAAAAGACUCAAAAUAACACACCCAUGAUAGUGGAAGAACCCAGAAAAAAGCCAGAACACUGUGACGAACAUCUUCCCUUAUUCCAGAGGCUCAGGCAGCGCCUUCCCAAGGAGACCCAAAAUGAGCUUGCAAAGCUAACAUCAUUUGAGAAUCUGGACACCAAAGCAUUCCACUUUUAAAAUGAAAUACAGUUUGAACUUUGCUCUUAUUUUUUAUUUGGUUAGAUGCUAUUCUUUUUGCUAUAGCUAUCAUCACUAGUUCCAUCAUGAAGCAGGUUUGACCUUAGUGGUAUAUGGUAUCAAGACUGCAUUCUCCACAAAAAUGUUCAGUCUUAAAUUUACUCUUUAAAAAAAACAGAAUUUGAGAAGGGACUUUUUUUUAACAUUCUAAAUAGGCCCAUGAAGGUCUCUACCACAAAGCUCGAGCCACGUGGCCUCAUUAAACCACUUCAAAUAGCAAGCUAUGCAGCUAAGAUAGUAGCUUUCUUGCUGUGGUGAGGUAUAGACACAUAGUAUACGGUGUCCACAGAGAGGUUUUGGCAUAACACUGUUCUUAUCUUAUGCAGGAUUUAUUAUUUCAUAUUUCCAAUGCUAAAAAGAAAUCCCAUCACAUAACUGUAUAUCAGAUCUAUGCAUACCAAACACUAGAUUCAGCAAACAAGUUGCUGUGACUUAUCGCCAUUCACUGGAUUGAUUUUGAGAUGAUUAUUGCUUUUAGAACUAUUGUUAUCUUGAAUUAUAUUUUCAUUAUCAAACUA